AUGUCAAUACCAUCAGCUGGUCAGAGCGCAGGUGUGACUGCCCCGAAGCUCGUCUUCCACCCAGACUUCGCGACUGGUGUUCCCGGCGACAUCAUCCUCCAAGCAGGCGACGAACAAGCACAAUGCUUCUAUUUCUCCCUAUCCCUACUCGCCGCUCUGGCGAGCUUCUUCGCUACCCUCCCUCCCCCUUCCGCCGCCGACCUGGUCCUAGGCUAUCCCCUCGUACCCCUACACAACUCUACCAGCGCCGGUCUUCACAUGUUCGCUUCUGCGAUGCGGUCUUCGAAGACCUCAGGCUUCAUCCCCUUCCCACCACUACAGUCAGACUGGGAGGACGGCGUACUCGACGCCGCGUAUCUUGCCCGAGUUUACGACGCUCCGCUCGUACCGCUUCUGUUGGUCGAUACCCUCCGUCACGGUCACCUCCAAGCCGCGGACGACCGGUACCUCAUCUUCGCGAUCUGGGCUAUCUUCGACGCUCAACACAGGCUCGAAGACGCCGCAGUCGAGACCACCUUGCUGAGCCAGAGACAUAUCACGGACGUACCGCCGUGUAUCGUCAAAGCAUGUCGGAACCGAGCUCCUCAGCACUGGUCCCAGUUGCAGGAUCUUCACCUCCGCCGCUCGGUCGCCAUGCGGAAUUUUCGUACCAAGGUCAAGCUUGAAGUGAUGGACACGGCUGGCGAUGUCUUGUGUGAUCUUAUGACAUUCGAGGAGGUGGCGAGAGUAGAAAGCGGGACUUUUGACCUGGACUGCCACGAUUGCUUCGAAGAAGUGUGGGCGACCCUGGUGGGAACGAAAGAGUGGCUAGAGGAUUAUAUCCGGGCAAGCGUAAUUGUAUCGGAGAUGGAGCAGCCCAGUGGUUCUCCGGCGCCUGGAGACCCGGCUCCUCUCAAAUACCACAAGGACUUUGCCAAGGCGAGCCCCGGCGAGGUUAUCCUUCAAGCAGGCGACGCUGAAGCUCUCUGCUUCCAUUUCCCCCUAACCCUACUCUCUGCUCUCGUCAGCUUCUUCACCACCCUCCCUCCCCCUUCCGCCAGCGACACUACCCACGGUCUUCCUCUCAUCCCUCUCCAUAACACUACCAGCGCAGGUCUCCACAUCUUCCUGCUCGCACUCAGGACAACUCUCACCUCGGACCACAUCAGCAUACCGUCGGCUGGCUAUCCCGGCUCCGUUGUCGAUGCCGCCUACAUCGCACGGCUUCUUGACGCGCCGGUCGUCCCGCGCCUGCUGAUCGAUACUCUCAAAAACAGCGAGGACGCCCCCGAUCGCGACUACUUCCUGGAAUUCGCGAUCUGGGCGAUCUGUGACGUACAGCACCGGCUGGAGUACGCUGCCUACAAGACAGGCAGGCCAGGCAGAUACAUCGCGGAUGUCGAUAGCGCCAUCGUCGAGGCGAGCAGGAGCCAUGCUCCCCUGCACUGGCUCCAAUUGCAGGAUCUUCAACUUCGGUAUUCGGUCGUUGUAGGACGCUUUGGAUACAAGGUCCAGCAAAUAUCAACCGCUUACGGAGAAGAGCCCGAGGUUAGGGGCGACCCUCUCCUCGACUGCUUGCACGAUAAGGUGGAAAUGAUGGAGAGCGCUAGUCGGGCCAUAUGCGGGUAUGGGUCAUUUGGGGAGCUUGAGACUGCGAUCAACAGGGCCAGCUAUGAGAUCGGCUGCGAGACCUGCGCGGACGAGGUGGAAAACACCUUCGCUGAGGUGUCGGGAUGGCUGGAGGACUUUCUGAGGCCUCGGCGUUAUGCAGAGACUGCCACACCCGCCUUGUCCGCACCUAUGGGGCGCCAAGUGUUCAAAAUUGCCUCCGCCGUCCCUCUCCGCUACCGAACGGCGGUAUCCAUAAUCCAGCGCGCUUGUCGGCUGUGGUCAACUUGGUCGGCAAAAUUGCUCGAGGCGCGACCACAGGCUGCUCCUUCUGAAACUCAAAUUUUACGCUAUGCCGGCAUCGGAUUCCACAUCGGCAGUGAGGAAUCGGCCUCUCAGGCAUCGGCUAGCCCAGCUGGAGAGGCUCCACUCAAAUUCCACGCAGAUUUCGGCAAAGCGCGUCCAGGCGACCUCCUCCUGCAAGCUGGCGACAGAAUAGCACUAUGCUUCUAUUUCCCCCACUCACUCCUGUCCGCUCUGUCGAGCUUCUUCGCCACACUCCCCUCCCCAUCACCCGCCGAUAUGGUGAACGGCUAUCCACUCGUCCCCCUUCACAAUACUACCAGCGCGGGCCUGCACCUCUUUCUGCUCGUCCUGAAGUCCACAAAUCUAUCGGAAGACCUCGCCAUACCGGCUGAAGGACGAAACAGGGCCGUCCUCGACGCCGCCUGUGUCGCUCGGCUGUACGACGCUCCGCUGGUCCCCCGUGUACUGGUCGAUACCCUCAAAAACGUCAGGGUCUUCUUUGGGCCCGACCGCGACUAUUACCUGGAGUUCGCGGUCUGGGCCAUCUGCGACGUCCGUCACAGAUUGGAAGAUGCUGCCAUCAACACCACGCAACCCCACGCCCCACACAUCGCGAUGACGGACCCAUACAUCGUCGCGGUCUGUACGAGUCAUGCUCCUCGCCACUGGCUACAGCUCCAGGACUUUCACCUGCGGCGGUCGAUCGUCGUCGACCUAUUCACGCGCAAGGUGUUGCAAGAUGGGGCGCUGUAUCGACCCGGGCCAUCUGAUGGCCAGUGCGAGGAGGGACAUAAUCUGAAGAAGACGAUGGACGGAGUCUGCAAGUGGCUCUUGGAGCAGGGGACGUUGAGGGAGCUGGGGCUGGGCGACGAGGAUUCCGACUUGGGCGCAUACGGUCUAGGUUGUGAUGAUUGUCUCGAUCAGGCGGACCGUUGCUUUGGGGAAACUUUGCACGGGGCGAGGGACUUUAUAAGGUAUAUCAGGGAGAGUAACAGUCCGUAUUAG